CAUGUCAUGGUUUAGUGGCCUCCUGGUGCCCAAGGUGGACGAGCGGAAGACUGCCUGGGGUGAGCGCAACGGGCAGAAGCGGAGGCCCCGUGGGACCCGGACCGGGGGCUUCUGCACCCCUCACUACAUGAGCUGCCUCCAGGAUGCACAGCCACCCAGCCCUAACCCUGCGGGCCCCCGCCGAUGUCCCUGGCAGGAAGAGGCCUUCGUCCGGAGGGGUGGCCCGGGCAAGGGCACAGAGCUGGGCCUGCGGGCGGUCGCCCUGGGUUUUGAAGACGUCGAGGCAGCCUCAGCCGUCGGGGCUGCCGAGGCUGUGCCCGAAGUGGCGCCCGGGCGCCGGCGGUCCUGCUGGCGGCGUCUGGCGCGGGUGUUUCAGUCGAAGCAGUUCCGCUCGGCCAAGCUGGAGCGCCUGUACCAGCGGUACUUCUUCCAGAUGAACCAGAGCAGCCUGACGCUGCUGAUGGCGGUGCUGGUGCUGCUCACGGCUGUGCUGCUGGCCUUCCACGCCGCGCCCGCCCGCCCCCGGCCCGCCUACGUGGCCCUGCUGGCCUGUGCCGCCGCCCUCUUCGUGGCGCUCAUGGUGGUGUGUAACCGGCACAGCUUCCGCCAGGACGCCAUGUGGGCGGUGAGCUAUGUGGUGCUGGGCAUCCUGGCGGCCCUGCAGGUUGGGGGCGCCCUGGCGGCCAGCCCGCACAGCCCCUCCGUCGGCCUCUGGUGUCCUGUGUUCUUUGUCUACAUCACCUACACGCUCCUCCCCAUCCGCAUGCGGGCGGCUGUCCUCAGCGGCCUGGGUCUCUCCGCCCUGCACUUGAUCUUGGCCUGGCAGCUCAACCAUGGCGAUGCCUUUCUCUGGAAGCAGCUCGGUGCCAACAUGCUGCUGUUCCUCUGCACCAACGUCAUUGGCAUCUGCACACAUUACCCGGCCGAGGUGUCCCAACGGCAGGCCUUCCAGGAGACCCGAGGCUACAUCCAGGCCAGGCUGCACCUGCAGCGUGAGAACCGGCAGCAGGAGCGGCUGUUGCUGUCGGUGUUGCCCCAGCACGUUGCCAUGGAGAUGAAAGAAGACAUCAACACAAAAAAAGAAGACAUGAUGUUCCACAAGAUCUACAUCCAGAAGCAUGACAAUGUCAGCAUCCUGUUUGCGGACAUCGAGGGCUUCACCAGCCUGGCGUCCCAGUGCACGGCGCAGGAGCUGGUCAUGACCCUGAACGAGCUCUUUGCCCGGUUUGAUAAGCUGGCUGCGGAAAACCACUGCCUGAGGAUCAAGAUCUUAGGGGACUGUUACUACUGCGUGUCCGGGCUGCCCGAGGCCCGCGCGGACCACGCGCACUGCUGUGUGGAGAUGGGGGUGGACAUGAUCGAGGCCAUCUCGCUGGUGCGCGAGGUGACAGGCGUGAACGUGAACAUGCGCGUGGGCAUCCACAGCGGGCGCGUGCACUGUGGCGUGCUCGGCCUGCGCAAGUGGCAGUUCGACGUGUGGUCCAACGACGUGACCCUGGCCAACCACAUGGAGGCGGGGGGCCGGGCCGGCCGCAUCCACAUCACGAGGGCCACGCUGCAGUACCUGAACGGGGACUACGAGGUGGAGCCGGGCCGUGGCGGCGAGCGCAACGCGUACCUCAAGGAGCAGCACAUCGAGACCUUCCUCAUCCUGGGCGCCAGCCAGAAGCGGAAAGAGGAGAAGGCCAUGCUGAGCAAGCUGCAGCGGGCGCGGGCCAACUCCACCGAGGGGCUGGUGCCGCGCUGGGCGCCCGACCGAGCCUUCGCCCGCACCAAGGACUCCAAGGCCUUCCGCCAGAUGGGCAUUGAUGAUUCCAGCAAAGACAACCGGGGGGCCCAGGACGCCCUGAACCCCGAGGACGAGGUGGACGAGUUCCUGGGCCGCGCCAUCGACGCCCGCAGCAUCGACCAGCUGCGCAAGGACCACGUGCGCCGCUUCCUGCUCACCUUCCAGAGAGAGGACCUCGAGAAGAAGUACUCGCGGAAGGUGGACCCCCGUUUCGGCGCCUACGUGGGCUGUGCCCUGCUGGUCUUCUGCUUCAUCUGCUUCAUCCAGCUCCUCAUCUCCCCGCACUCCACCCUGAUGCUCGGGGUCUACGCCAGUAUCUUCCUGCUGCUGCUGGUCACGGUGCUGACCUGCGCCGUGUACUCCUGUGGCUCUCUGUUCCCGAAGGCCCUGCAGCGACUGUCCCACAGCAUUGUCCGCUCGCGAGCGCACAGCACGGCCGUGGGCAUCUUCUCCGUCCUGCUGGUGUUCACCUCUGCCGUCGCCAACAUGUUUUCCUGUAACCACACCCCCAUACGGACCUGUGCAGCCCGGAUAUUGAAUUUAACGCCCACCGACGUCACCGCCUGCCACCUCCAGCAGCUCAAUUACUCCCUGGGCCUGGACACUCCUCUGUGUGAGGGCGCCGCACCCACCUGCAGCUUCCCCGAGUACUUCAUUGGGAACGUGCUGCUGAGUCUCCUGGCCAGCUCUGUCUUCCUGCACAUCAGUAGCAUCGGGAAGCUGGCCAUGGUCUUUGUCCUGGGGCUCAUCUACUUGGUCCUGCUCUUGCUGGGCCCCCCGGCCACCAUCUUCGACAACUAUGACCUGCUGCUUGGUGUCCAUGGCUUGGCCGCUUCCAAUGAGACCUUGGGUGGGCUGGACUGCCCCGCUGCCGGGAGGGUGGCGCUCAAACACAUGACGCCUGUGAUCCUGCUGGUGUUCGCGCUGGCACUGUACCUGCACGCCCAGCAGGUGGAGUCCACCGCCCGCCUGGACUUCCUCUGGAAGCUGCAGGCAACAGGGGAGAAGGAGGAGAUGGAGGAGCUGCAGGCCUACAACCGGCGGCUGCUGCACAACAUCCUGCCCAAGGACGUGGCCGCCCACUUCCUGGCCCGGGAGCGCAGGAACGACGAGCUCUACUAUCAGUCCUGCGAGUGCGUGGCCGUCAUGUUUGCCUCCAUCGCCAACUUCUCUGAGUUCUACGUGGAGCUGGAGGCCAACAACGAGGGCGUCGAGUGCCUGCGGCUGCUCAAUGAGAUCAUCGCUGACUUCGAUGAGAUCAUCAGCGAGGAGCGGUUCCGGCAGCUGGAGAAGAUCAAGACCAUUGGCAGCACCUACAUGGCGGCCUCCGGGCUGAACGCCAGCACCUACGACCAGGCGGGCCGCUCCCACGUCACGGCCCUCGCCGACUACGCCAUGCGGCUCAUGGAGCAGAUGAAGCACAUCAACGAGCACUCCUUCAACAACUUCCAGAUGAAGAUCGGGCUGAACAUGGGCCCUGUCGUGGCAGGCGUCAUCGGGGCGCGGAAGCCGCAGUAUGACAUCUGGGGGAACACAGUGAAUGUCUCCAGCCGCAUGGACAGCACGGGUGUCCCCGACCGCAUCCAGGUGACCACAGACCUGUACCAGGUUCUAGCUGCCAAGGGCUACCAGCUGGAGUGUCGAGGGGUGGUCAAGGUGAAGGGCAAGGGGGAGAUGACCACCUACUUCCUCAACGGGGGCCCGAGCAGUUAGCAGGACCCACCUGUCCUCAGCUGAAGAGACCGCGGUGGGCAUUUGAGUGGAUUCUCUGCUCGCUGGGUGGAGCUGUGGCAGGGGUCACUGAGCCGCCAAAGCCAGCUGAGCACCAAAGGGAACACCCCAGCAGGCUGCGCUGGGACCGCGUGGUCCGCCCUCAGGCUGGCGAACGAGGGAGUGCCGAAGGAUCACGCGCGUGACUCUUACACCGGGGCGGUGUCCCCUUGCCUUUCUUCCAGCCUCGGACGGGAGGGGCGCGGGGCAUGGAGGCGCCCCUGCUGAAGAGGGCAGAAUGCCUUGCCUGCCCCACCCCCUGCAGCAGGUGCGGGCCGGCCCUUCUUUCCCUCCUUCUCCUGGGAAUAUUUUGUAUAGAGGCUGGGGGGGCCGGAGGAGUGCCUGCUCCGUGCUUGUCUUUGCUGAGCCCGCACCCCCAGCAGCAGCCCUGGUGCCCACCAUGCCAGCCGGGUCUUCCUCCGCGGCCGAGGCGGGAGGUGCCCCAGGGCCCCGUUCUGUCGCUGUUUCAGAGGAAUGUUGCCAUUUGCCAAAUCCCAGUCCCGCGGUCUGUCCCCAAAGGGGAACGAAGGGACUCCGGACAGCUCAGAGUGAGCCCCAGUCCCUGCAGAUUUCCAGGGAAAGGGGCGUCUGGCCUCACUGGUACUGUGAAAAUGUCCAACCAGAUAAAAAGCCCGUGUGGGGGUGGCAGAAGGCCAGGAGCUGGAAGUUCUCCUGUAGUGCCAAAGGGAGCCGACCGCCGGGGCGCGAGCUGGUGCCAGCCGCUGAUCCCGGGCCCCAGCACACUCCCGUUGUCCUUUCACCCCUUCUGUUGCCAAAUAGAAGAAAAUCAGGGCGUGGAAGAAGAUGACCCUGAUCCCAAACCCGCCCCAGGCCUCUGUCUGGCGGGGGCGGCCUGUGCGUCUGACUGCACGUGGGUCUGUGGGUGUCGUGUCCGUCCCGGUCUCUGUGUCCCCGCGUCCCCCGAGCUCCUCGGCGCCCCACCCCAGGCUGCUUCUCUCCUGUGGGCCUCUGUCUUCUGGGAAGAGGCUUUCCUAUUUCAAGGGACGCACAGGGACAGGAUGGGGCGUGGUGACAGGAGGGGGGCGGCGCUGGGGAGAGGAGCCCUUUUCGUGCCAAAUCCCUAAGUGCCAUUUGGGGGCCGUGUGUGCCGCAGGACUGUCUCUGCCUGGAGCGGGGACCCAGGUGCCCGCUCGAGCCCCAGUGCUCUGUGCACUUGAACCGGCUGGGGUUGGGUGGGCAGAAACUCAGGAAUUUCCUGGGAUCCCCAGCUUGUGUUCUGGGAUGUGGUGUGCUCCGGGACUGGGGUAGCAUGCGGCCCCUCCGAGGACCCCGAUGCUCGGUACUAGGGAACGUGCCAGGGGAGCCUGAAGCUGGGCCUCCCCCAGCUGUCAGCCUGCGUCUAGUCCGUGCCUGGCUCGCCCUCGCGGCUGGCAGGAGGGUAGGGGAGCUGGACUCUGGAUUCCUUCCUGUCCCUGCCUCCCUUUUCUCCCUUUUCCCUGUAACCCCCUCUCCUCUGACCUGAAUGAGUUGGUACUUUGGUUUGUCUGUACCUACGUAAGCCAGAGGCAUUAGCCUGAAUUUUGCUUGAAGAUCGCUUUAUCUUGGAGGUGACUGCGAGGGGGGGAGGGAGAGGGGCUCAGGGCAGCAGGGUUUGGGGACGGAAGGGCAGGUGCCACCCUUGGCCUUCCUGGGCCAGCUCCGUGCAGAGCCUGGCUCCUGACACUGCCCGCCGUGGGGCCCUCGUGCACCAACCCAGUGGGCGCCAGGACAAGAGGUAAAGACGAGCUGGCGGACAGAAUAUCCACUCUCCUUCCUAUAGCCAUAUCUCUAGAUAGGAAGGGCCAGCUACUUGGGGUGGCGGUGAAACUGCAGGUUGCCCAGAGUGGGAAGACCUCAGCGUUGGGAGACUCGUCUUUGCUGUCCACACCCGACCCCUGCACCACAGUGCCAGCCGCGCCGGUCCCCGGGUUGCCACUGCCCCUUUCUCCGCAGUGGGUGGGGAGCCGGUGCAGGGGAGGCCCCUGGAUUUUGAUUUUAUAAUGUAACCACUGGGGGGGUCGGGGAGGGAGGUGUACCAUGUAUUACAGUGAAAUAUUUAAUAUAUUUAAGUAUCAAUAAAAUCAGACUCUUUGUAAAAA